AUGGUGCACAGCACCACUGGCAGAGGCACCAGCCCAAAUGCCUCCUUACCCAGAACUUCGGUGGAAACCACAGAGAUGGCGGGAAGCUCCCCAUCAGCUGAAGGCACGACUGGCUCUGUAACUGGCCGCGUCACGGAAGAAAUAUCGACAGUGACAAGCAGUACAACAGCUGGGAAACCCACCUCUAAGCCAACCAUGGGACCUAGAUUCGCACCCGAAAGCGCUAGCCCGCUUCAUACUACAGUGAAGGUGGGCAACACUGUGGGAGCUGAGAGCACCACUGGCCUCUUUUUCUCAAGUCCAUCUGGUGAGGGCACUAUGGAAAAGGCAACGCCACCUUCUCAGACGACGACUGUCGCUGAGCCCUCCAGCCAAGCUGAGAUCAUAAAUAGCGACACAGUCACAACCGUCCCACUCUCCAGUAAGCCUUCUGGUACUGCAAGUCCAAGGGACACCUUUAGAACUGCAGAAAGCACCAGCGCUGUGCCAUACACCAGUUCUCCUCGUAGGACGACAACUGGAGAAGACACUACUAGAAUAGCAGACACCAGCACAGUUCCCUUCCAACCCAUUACAUCAUCUGAGUCCACAAAAGGGUCUGCAAGUAAAUUUACUUCGACCACACACAUGUCUCAGACAAGUUCCCAGACCGAGAGUACGUUAACAGUUGGGAGCAGCAUGCUAGAGAGCUCAGGUGUAAGCACAGCAGAGAGCACCAGGACAUCGAAUACACCGAACACAGCAAGUUCCUCGAUAGAAACGGAAAUAUCCACAGUUCUCCCAAAAAUCAGUACUCCACAGGUAAUCACUGAAAUGCUGGGCAUUACUAGUGCUAAAGAAGAAACCAUAACUGUCUCUCCUGCAAUUCCUUCAGGCAGGUCCACAGAGAUGUCCGGAAGAACAUCUGUUCCCACCACUUUUGCUCCUCUCACUGCAAAUGCAGAGAGGACCAAAGCCACCGUAGCUCAGAGUAUGUUGGAAAAAUCAAGCCUUACUACCUCCCCUCUAGCAGAGACGAGCACCUCUGAAGCCACUAGUGUAAUAGCGGAGAUGGCCACUCCUUCAAAUGUGACAUCUAGCUCUAGUGAGAGGAGCACUAUCCCUGCAACCACCACAGUAGCAAAGACAACCCCAAAAUUCUUUCCUUCUAGUGCAGCAACUGAAUCCACAGGAACGGGCACAAGCGCAACUGCUGAGAAGACGAGGGCAUCUCUUGCCACAAGCCCAGUCCAAGAAACUUCAGCCAUGGUUAGCAGUUCAGCAGCUGGAUCAAGGCCAACAUUUGAAGGGAGCACUCCUUUCCCUGAGACUGGCACUGUAGCUACAGAGAUAUCUCCUGCUGGGUCACACACGAGCACUCCAUCUCAGACGACAAUAUGCACGGUGCGCAGCACUACUGGCGGAGGCACAAGCCCAAAUGCCUCCCUACCCAGAACUUCAAUGGAAACCACAGAGAUGGCUGGAAGCUCCCCAUCUGCUGAGAGUAUGACUGGCUCUGUAACUGGCCGCGUCACUGAAGAUAUAUCGACAAUUCCAAGCAGUACAACAGCUGGGAAAACCACGACUAAGCCAACCAUGGGACCCACCUCGGCACCCAAAAGUGUUACCCCGCUUCAUACUACAGCGAAGGUGGGCAACACUGCGGGAGCUGAGAACUCCACUGGUGUCUUUUUCUCAAGUCUGUCCACUGAGAGCAAUAUGAAAAAGGCAACGCCACCUUCUCAGACGACGACUGUCGUUGAGCCCUCCAGCCAAGCUGAGAUUAUAAGAUCGGAGUCCCUAACAAGUAAAGACACAGUCACAACCGUCAUACUCUCCAGUAAGCCUUUUGGUACUGCAAGUCCAAGUGACACCUUUACAACUGCAGAAAGCACCAGCGCUGUGCCGCACACCAGUUCUCCUCGUGGGACGACAACUGGAGAAGACACUACUAGAAUAGCAGACACCAGCACAGUUCCCAUCCAACCCACUAUGUCAUCUGAAUCCACUAAACGGUCUGCAAGUAAAUCUACUUUGACAACGCACAUGUCUCAGACAACUUCCCAGACGGAGAGUACGUUAACAGUUGGGAGCAGCAUGCUAGAGAACACAGGUGUAAGCACAGGAGAAGGCACCAGGAAAUCGAAUACACCAACCACAGCAAGUUCCUCGAUAGAAACAAAAAUAUCCACAGUUCUCGCAAAAAUCAGUACUCCCCAGGUAAUUGCUGAAACUCUGGGCGGCACUAGUGCAAAAGAAGAAACCAGAACUGUCUCUCCUGCGGGGCCACACACCAGCACUUCAUCUCAGACGACAACAAGCACGGUGCGCAGAACCACUGGCAGAGGAACAAGCCCCAAAACCUUCCUACCCAGAACUUUGGAGGAAACCACAGAAAUGGCUGGAAGCUCCCCAUGUUCUGAGACCACAACUGGCUCUGUAACUGGCCGCGUCACUGAAGAAAUAUCGACAAUUGCAAGCAGUACAACCACUGGGACGCUCACCACUAUGCAAACAAUGGGACCUACCUCGGCACCCGAAAGCAGUACCCCGCUUCAUACUACAGCGAAGGUGGGCAACACUGCCGGAGCGGAGAAAACCAGAGGCCUCUUUUUGUCAAGUCCGUCAGCUGAGAGCUAUAUGAAAAAGGCAACGUCACCUUCUCAGACGACUACUGUCGCUGAGACUUCCAGCCAAGCUCAGAUCACAACAUCGGAGUCCCUAACAAGUAGAGACACAAUCACAACCGUCCCACUCUCCAGUAUCCCUUCUGGUACUGCAAGUCCAAGGGACACCUUUACAACUGCAGAAAGCACCAGCGCUGAGAAACACACCAGUUCAGCUCCUGGAACAAGAACUGGAGAAGACACUACUAGAAUAGCAGAAACCAGCACAGUUCCCUUCCAACCCACUAUCUCAUCUGAGUCCAUAAAAGGGUCUGCAAGUAAAUCUACUUCGACAACACACAUGUCUCAGACAAGUUGCCAGACGGAGAGUAAGUUAAAAGUUGGGAGCAGCGUGCUAGAGAGCUCAGGUGUAAGCACAGCAGAGAGCACCAGGACAUCGAAUACACCGACCACAGCAAGUUCCUCGAUAGAAACAGAAAUAUCCACAGUUCUCCCAAAAAUCAGUACUCCCCAGGUAAUCACUGAAAUGCUGGGCAUUAUUAGUGCAAAAGAAGAAACCACAACUGUCUCUCCUGCAAUUCCAUCAGGCAGGUCCACAGAGAUGUCCGGAAGAACAUCUGUUCCCACCACUUUUGCUCCUCUCACUGCAAAUGCAGAGAGGACCACAGCCACGGUAGCUCAGAGUAUGUUGGAAAAAUCAAGCCUUACUACCUCCCCUCUAGCAGAGACGAGCACCUCUGAAGCCACUAGUGUAAUAGCGGAGAUGGCCACUCCUUCAAAUGUGACAUCUAGCCCUAGUGAGACGAGCACUAUCCCUGCAACCACCACAGUAGCAAAGACAACCCCAAAAUUCUUUCCUUCUAGUGCAGCAACUGAAUCCACAGGAACGGGCACCAGCGCAACUGCUGAGAAGACGAGGGCCUCUCUUGCCACAAGCCCAGUCCAAGAAACUUCAGCCAUGGUUAGCAGUUCAGCAGCUGGAUCAAGGCCAACAUUUGAAGGGAGCACUCCUUUCCCUGAGACCGGCACUGUAGCUACAGAGACAUCUCCUGCUGGGCCACACACCAGCACUCCAUCUCAGACGACAACAAGCACGGUGCGCAACACUAUUGGCAGAGGCACAAGCCCAAAUGGCUCCCUACCCAGAACUUCGAUGAAAACCACAGAGAUGGCUGGAAGCUCCCCAUCUGCUGAGAGUACGACUGGCUCUGUAACUGGCCGCGUCACUGAAGAAAUAUCGACAAUUCCAAGCAGUACAACAGUUGGGAAACCCACCACUAAGCCAACAAUGGGACACACCUUGGCACCCGAAAGUGCUACCCCGCUUCAUACUACAGCGAAAGUGGGCAACACUGCGGGAGCUGAGAAUUCCACUGGUGUCUUUUUCUCAAGUCUGUCCACUGAGAGCAAUAUGAAAAAGGCAACGCCACCUUCUCAGACGACGACUGUCGCUGAGACCUCCAGCCAAGCUCAGGGCAUUUCAGCCAUGGUCAGCAGUUCAGCAGCUGGAUCAAGGCCAAUGUCUGAAGGGAGCACUCCUUUCCCUGAGACUGGCACUGUAGCUACAGAGACAUCUCCUGCUGGGCCACACACGAGCACUCCAUCUCAGACGACAACAAGCACGGUGCGCAGCACCACUGGCAGAGGCACAAGCCCAAAUGCCUCCUUACCCAGAAUUUCGGUGGAAACCACAGAGAUGCCUGGAAGCCCCUCAUCUGCUGAGAGCACCACUGGCUCUGUAACUGGCCGCAUCACUGAAGAAAUAUUGACAAUUCCAAGCAGUACAACAGCUGGGAAACCCACCACUAAGCCAACAAUGGGACCUACCUCGGCACCCCAAAGCGCUACCCCGCUUCACACUACAGCGAAGGUGGGCAACACUGUGGGAGCUGAGAGCACCACUGGCCUCUUUUUCUCAAGUCCAUCAGCUGAGAGCACUAUGGAAAAUGCAACGCCACCUUCUCUGACGACGACUGUCGCUGAGCCCUCCAGCCAAGUUGAGAUCAUAACGUCGGAGUCCUUAACAAAUAGAGACACAGUCACAACCGUCCCACUCUCCAGUAAGCCUUCUGGUACUGCAAGUCCAAGGAACAUCUUUACAACUGCAGAAAGCACCAGCGCUGUGCCACACACCAGUUCCCCUCGUGGGACGAGAACUGGAGAAGACACUACUAGCAUAGCAGACACCAGCACAGUUCCCUUCCAACCCAUUACGUCAUCUGAGUCCAGAAAAGGAUCUGCAAGUAAAUCUACUUCGACCACACACAUGUCUCAGACAAGUUCACAGAGGGAUAAUAAGUUAACAGUUGGGAGCAGCAUGCUAGAGAGCUCAGGUGUAAGCACAGCAGAGAGCACCAGGACAUCGAAUAUACCGAACACAGCAAGUUCCUCGAUAGAAACGGAAAUAUCCACAGUUCUCCCAAAAAUCAGUACUCCCAAGGUAAUCACUGAAAUGCUGGACAUUACUAGUGCAAAAGAAGAAACCACAACUGUCUCUCCUGCUAUUCCAUCAGGCAGGUCCACAGAGAUGUCCGGAAGAACAUCUGUUCCCACCAUUUUUGCUCCUCUCACUGCAAAUGCAGAGAGGAUCACAGCCACCGUAGCUCAGACUAUGUUGGAAAAGUCAAGCCUUACUACCUCUCCUCUAGCAGAGACUAGCACCUCUGAAGGCACGAGUGGAACAACAGAGAUGCCCACUCCUUCAAAUGCAUCCUCUAGCCCUAGUAAGAUGAACACUAUUCCCGCAACCACCACAGUAGCAAAGACAACCCCAAAAUUCUUUCCUUCUAGUGCAACAACUGUGUCCACAGAAAAGGGCACAAGCGCAGCUGCAGAGAAGACGAGGGCCUCUCUUGCCACAAGCCCAGUGCAAGGCAUUUCAGCCAUGGGCAGCAGUUCAGCAGCUGGAUCAAAGCCAACAUCUGAAGGGAGUUCUCCUUUCCCUGAGACUGGCAUUGUAGCUACAGAGACAUCUCCUGCUGGGCCACACACGAGCACUCCAUCUCAGACGACAACAAGCACGGUGCGCAGCACCACUGGCAGAGGCACCAGCCCAAAUGCCUCCUUACCCAGAACUUCGGUGGAAACCACAGAGAUGGCGGGAAGCUCCCCAUCUGCUGAGAGGACCACUGGCUCUGUAACUGGCCCCGUCACGGAAGAAAUAUCGACAGUUACAAGGAGUACAACAGCUGGGAAACCCACCUCUAAGCCAACCAUGGGACCUACAUUGGCACCCGAAAGCGCUAGCCCGCUUCAUACUACAGCGAAGGUGGGCAACACUGUGGGAGCUGAGAGCACCACUGGCCUCUUUUUCUCAAGUCUGUCCACUGAGAGCAAUAUGAAAAAGGCAACGCCACCUUCUCAGACGACGACUGUCGCUGAGACCUCCAGCCAAGCUGAGAUCACAACAUCGGAAUCCCUAACAAGUAGAGACAGAAUCAUAACCAUCCCUAUCUCCAGUAUCCCUUCUGGUACUGCAAGUCCAAGGGACACCUUUACAACAGCAGAAAGCACCACCUCUGUGCCACACACCAGUUCUCCUCGCGGGACGACAACUGGAGAAGACACUACUAGAAUAACAGACACCAGCACAGUUCCCUUCCAACACACUAUCUCAUCUGAGUCCACAAAAGGGUCUGCAAGUAAAUCUACUUCUACAACACACAUGUCUCAGACAACUUCCCAGACGGAGAGUACGUUAACAGUUGGGAGCAGCAUGCUAGAGAACUCAGGUGUAAGCGCAGCAGAGAGCAUCGGGACGUGGGAUACAGCGACCACAGUAAAUUCCUCGAUAGAAACGGAAAUAUCCACAGUUCUCCCAAUAAUCAGGACUCCCCAGGUAACGGAUGAGUCGUUGGGCAGCAGUAGUGUAAAAGAAGAAACCACAACUGUCUCUCCUGCAAUUUCAUCAGGCAGGUCCACAGAGAUAUCCGGAAGAACAUCUGUUCCCACCACUUUUGCUCCUCUCCCCGCUACUACCGAGGGGAGCACAGCGACCGUAGCUCAGAGUACGGUGGAAAAGUCAAGCUCUAAAACCUCUCCUCUAGCAGAGACUAGCACCUCUGAAGGCACUAGUGGAACAGCAGAGAUGCCCACUCCUUCAAAUGUGACAUCUAGCUCUAGUGAUACGAGCACUAUUCCUGCAAAGACCACAGUAGGAAAGACAACCCCAAAAUUCUUUCCUUCUAGUGCAACAAUUGAAUCCACAGGAACGGGCACAAGGGCAGCUGCUGAGAAGACGAGGGUCUCUCUUGCCGCUAGCCCAGUCCAUGGCAUUUCAGCCAUGGUCAGCAGUUCAGCAGCUGGAUCAAGGCCAACGUCUGAAGGGAGUUCUCCUUUCCCUGAGACUGGCAUUGUAGCUACAGAGACAUCUCCUGCUGGGCCACACACGAGCACUCCAUCUCAGACGACAACAAGCACGGUGCGCAGCACCACUGGCAGAGGCACCAGCCCAAAUGCCUCCUUACCCAGAACUUCGGUGGAAACCACAGAGAUGGCGGGAAGCUCCCCAUCUGCUGAGAGGACCACUGGCUCUGUAACUGGCCGCGUCACGGAAGAAAUAUCGACAGUUACAAGCAGUACAACAGCUGGGAAACCCACCUCUAAGCCAACCAUGGGACCUACAUUGGCACCUGAAAGCGCUAGCCCGCUUCAUACUACAGCGAAGGUGGGCAACACUGUGGGAACUGAGAGCACCACUGGCCUCUUUUUCUCAAGUCCAUCUGGUGAGGGCACUAUGGAAAAGGCAACGCCACCUUCUCAGACGACGACUGUCGCUGAGCCCUCCAGCCAAGCUGAGAUCAUAACAUCGGAGUCCCUAACAAAUAGCGACACAGUCACAACCGUCCCACUCUCCAGUAAGCCUUCUGGUACUGCAAGUCCAAGGGACACCUUUACAACAGCAGAAAGCACCAGCUCUGUCCAACACACCAGUUCUCCUCGUGGGACGACAACUGGAGAAGACACUACUAGAAUAGCAGACACCAGCACAGUUCCCUUCCAACCCAUUAUGUCAUCUGAGUCCACAAAAGGGUCUGCAAGUAAAUCUACUUCGACCACACACAUGUCUCAGACAAGUUCCCAGACGGAGAGUACGUUAACAGUUGGGAGCAGCAUGCUAGAGAGCUCAGGUGUAAGCACAGCAGAGAGCACCAGGACAUCGAAUACACCGAACACAGCAAGUUCCUCGAUAGAAACGAAAAUAUCCACAGUUCUCUCAAAAAUCAGUACUCCCCAGUUAAUCACUGAAAUGCUGGGCAUUACUAGUGCAAAAGAAGAAACCACAACUGUCUCACCUGCAAUUCCAUCAGGCAGGUCCACAGAGAUGUCCGGAAGAACAUCUGUUCCCACCACUUUUGCUCCUCUUACUGCAAAUGCAGAGAGGAUCACAGCCACCGUAGCUCAGAUUAUGUUGGAAAAGUCAAGCCUUACUACCUCCCCUCUAGCAGAGACUAGCACCUCUGAAGCCACUAGUGUAAUAGCGGAGAUGACCACUCCUUCAAAUGUGACAUCUAGCCCUAGUGAGACUAGCACUAUUCCUGCAACCACCACAGUAGCAAAGACAACCCCAAAAUUCUUUCCUUCUAGUGCAACAACUGAAUCCACAGGAAUGGACACAAGUGCAACUGCUGAGAAGACAAGGGCCUCUCUUUCCACAAGCCCAGUCCAAGACACUUCAGCCAUGGUCAGCAGUUCAGCAGCUGGAUCAAGGCCAACGUCUGAAGGGAGCACUCCUUUCCCUGAGACUGGCACUGUAGCUACAGAGACAUCUCCUGUUGGGUCACACACCAGCACUCCAUCUCAGAUGACAACAAACAUGGUGCGCAGCACUACUGGCAGAGGCACAAGCCUAAAUGCCUCCCUACCCAGAACUUCAGUGGAAACCACAGAGAUGGCUGGAAGCUCCCCAUCUGCUGAGAAUAUGACUGGCUCUGUAACUGGCCGCAUCACUGAAGAAAUAUCGACAAUUCCAAGCAGUACAACAGCUGGGACACUCCCCACUAAGCCUACAAUGGGACCCACCUCGGCACCCGAAAGCGGUACCCCGCUUCAUACUACAGCGAAGGUGGGCAACACUGCGGGAGCUGAGAACUCCACUGGUGUCUUUUUCUCAAGUCUGUCCACUGAGAGGAAUAUGAAAAAGGCAACGCCACCUUCUCAGACGACGACUGUCGCUGAGACCUCCAGCCAAGCUGAGAUCACAAAAUCGGAAUCCCUAACAAGUAUAGACACAAUCAUAACCGUCCCUCUCUCCAGUAUCCCUUCUGGUACUGCAAGUCCAAGAGACACCUUUACAACAACAGAAAGCACCAGCUCUGUCCAACACACCAAUUCUCCUCGCGGGACGACAACUGGAGAAGACACUGCUAGAAUAACAGACACCAGCACAGUUCCCUUCCAACACACUAUCUCAUCUGAGUCCACAAAAGGGUCUACAAGUAAAUCUACUUCGACAACACACAUGUCUCAGACAACUUCCCAGACAGAGAAUACGUUAACAGUUGGGAGCAGCAUGCUAGAGAACUCAGGUGUAAGCGCAGCAGAGAGUACCGGGACAUGGGAUACAGCGACCACAGUAAGUUCCUCGAUAGAAACGGAAAUAUCCACAGUUCUACCAAUAAUCAGGACUCCCCAGGUAACGGCUGAGUCGCUGGGCAGCAGUAGUGCAAAAGAAGAAACCACAAGUAUCUCUCCUGCAAUUCCAUCAGGCAGGUCCACAGAGAUGUCUGGAAGAACAUCUGUUCCCACCACUUUUGCUCCUCUCACUGCAAAUGCAGAGAGGAUCACAGCCACCGUAGCUCAGAGUAUGUUGGAAAAGUCAAGCCUUACUACCUCUCCUCUAGCAGAGACUAGCACCUCUGAAGGCACUAGUGGAACAGCAGAGAUGCCCACUCCUUCAAAUGCAUCCUCUAGCCCUAGUGAGAUGAGCACUAUUCCUGCAACCACCACAGUAGCAAAGACAACCCCUAAAUUCUUUCCUUCUAGUGCAAGAACUGUGUCCACAGAAAGGAGCACAAGCGCAGCUGCGGAGAAGACGAGGGCCUCUCUUGCCACAAGCCCAGUCCAAGGCAUUUCAGCCAUGGGCAGCAGUUCAGCAGCUGGAUCAAAGCCAACAUCUGAAGGGAGUUCUCCUUUCCCUGAGACUGGCACUGUAGCUACAGAGACAUCUCCUGCUGGGCCACACACCAGCACUCCAUCUCAGACGACAACAAGCACGGUGCGCAGCACCACUGGCAGAGGCACCAGCCCAAAUGCCUCCUUACCCAGAACUUCGGUGGAAACCACAGAGAUGGCGGGAAGCUCCCCAUCUGCUGAGAGCACGACUGACUCUGUAACUGGCCGCGUCACGGAAGAAAUAUCGACAGUUACAAGCAGUACAACAGCUGGGAAACCCACCUCUAAGCCAACCAUGGGACCUACAUUGGCACCCGAAAGCGCUAGCCCGCUUCAUACUACAGCGAAGGUGGGCAACACUGUGGGAGCUGAGAGCACCACUGGCCUCUUUUUCUCAAGUCCAUCUGGUGAGGGCACUAUGGAAAAGGCAACGCCACCUUCUCAGACGACGACUGUCGCUGAGCCCUCCAGCCAAGCUGAGAUCAUAACAUCGGAGUCCCUAACAAAUAGCGACACAGUCACAACCGUCCCACUCUCCAGUAAGCCUUCUGGUACUGCAAGUCCAAGGGACACCUUUACAACUGCAGAAAGCACCAGCGCUGUGCCACACACCAGUUCUCCUCGUGGGACGACAACCGGAGAAGACACUACUAGAAUAGCAGACACCAGCACAGUUCCCUUCCAACCCAUUACGUCAUGUGAGUCCACAAAUGGGUCUGCAAGUAAAUCUACUUCGACCACACACAUGUCUCAGACAAGUUCCCAGACGGAGAGUACGUUAACAGUUGGGAGCAGCAUGCUAAAGAGCUCAGGUGUAAGCACAGCAGAGAGCACCAGGACAUCGAAUACACCGAACACAGCAAGUCCCUCGAUAGAAACGGAAAUAUCCACAGUUCUCCCAAAAAUCAGUACUCCUCAGGUAAUCACUGAAAUGCUGGGCAUUACUAGUGCAAAAGAAGAAACCACAACUGUCUCUCCUGCAAUUCCAUCAGGCAGGUCCACAGAGAUGUCCGGAAGAACAUCUGUUCCCACCACUUUUGCUCCUCUCACUGCAAAUGCAGAGAGGACCACAGCCACCGUAGCUCAGAGUAUGUUGGAAAAGUCAAGCCUUACUACCUCCCCUCUAGCAGAGACUAGCACCUCUGAAGCCACUAGUGUAAUAGCGGAGAUGACCACUCCUUCAAAUGUGACAUCUAGCCCUAGUGAGACGAGCACUAUUCCUGCAACCACCACAGUAGCAAAGACAACCCCAAAAUUCUUUCCUUCUAGUGCAACAACUGAAUCCACAGGAACGGACACAAGUGCAACUGCUGAGAAGACAAGGGCCUCUCUUUCCACAAGCCCAGUCCAAGACACUUCAGCCAUGGUUAACAGUUCAGCAGCUGGAUCAAGGCCAACAUUUGAAGGGAGCACUCCUUUCCCUGAGACCGGCACUGUAGCUACAGAGACAUCUCCUGCUGGGCCACACACCAGCACUCCAUCUCAGAUGACAACAAGCACGGUGCGCAGCACUACUGGCAGAGGCACAAGCCCAAAUGCCUCCCUACCCAGAACUUCAAUGGAAACCACAGAGAUGGCUGGAAGCUCCCCAUCUGCUGAGAAUACGAUUGGCUCUGUAACUGGCCGCGUCACUGAAGAAAUAUCGACAAUUCCAAGCAGUACAACAGCUGGGACACUCACCACUAAGCCUACAAUGGGACCCACUUCGGCACCCGAAAGCGGUACCCCGCUUCAUACCAUAGCGAAGGUGGGCAACACUGUGGGAGCUGAGAGCACCACUGGCCUCUUUUUCUCAAGUCUGUCCACUGAGAGCAAUAUGAAAAAGGCAACGCCACCUUCUCAGAUGACGACUGUCGCUGAGACCUCCAGCCAAGCUGAGAUCACAACAUCGGAAUCCCUAACAAGUAGAGACACAAUCAUAACCGUCCCUCUCUCCAGUAUCCCUUCUGGUACUGCAAGUCCAAGGGACACCUUUACAACAGCAGAAAGCACCAGCUCUGUGCCACACACCAGUUCUCCUCGCGGGAUGACAACUGGAGAAGACACUACGAGAAUAACAGACACCAGCACAGUUCUCUUCCAACACACUAUCUCAUUUGAGUCCACAAAAGGGUCUACAAGUAAAUCUACUUCGACAACACACAUGUCUCAGAAAACUUCCAAGACAGAGAGUACGUUAACAGUUGGGAGCAGCAUGCUAGAUAACUCAGGUGUAAGCGCAGCAGAGAGCACCAGGACAUGGGAUACAGCGACCACAGGACCAUAG